GUGGCUUGUUGCCAUGGUUACCAUGGAUGGAUACCAUGGAUGGUUGCUAUGGAUGGUUGCCAUGGUUGCCAUGGUUACCAUGGAUGGGUAGCAUGGAUGGUUGCCAUGGUUACCGUGGCUUGUUGCCAUGGUUGCCAUGGAUGGAUAGCAUGGAUGGUUGCCAUGGAUGGUUGCCAUGGUUACCAUGGAUGGUUGCCAUGGAUGGUUGCUGUGGUUGCCAUGGAUGGAUAGCAUGAUUGGUUGCCAUGGUUACCGUGGAUGGUUGCCAUGGUUACCAUGGAUGGAUACCAUGGAUGGUUGCUAUGGAUGGUUGCCAUGGUUACCAUGGCUGGUUGCCAUGGAUGGUUGCUGUGGUUGCCAUGGAUGGAUAGCAUGGAUGGUUGCCAUGGUUACCGUGGCUUGUUGCCAUGGUUGCCAUGGAUGGUUGCCAUGGAUGGUUGCUAUGGAUGGUUGCCAUGGAUGGUUGCCAUGGAUGGUUGCUAUGGAGGGUUGCCAUGGUUACCAUGGAUGGGUACCUUGGAUGGUUGCCAUGGUUACCGUGGAUGGUUGCUAUGGAUGGUUGCCAUGGUUGCCAUGGCUGGUUACCAUGGUCGGUUGCCAUGGUUACCAUGGCUGGUUGCAGUGGAUGGUUGCCAUGGUUGCCAUGGCUGGUUACCAUGGUCGGUUGCCAUGGUUACCAUGGCUGGUUGCCAUAGCUGGUUUCCAUGGUCGGUUGCCAUGGUUACCAUGGCUGGUUGCCCUGGCUCUCAGCUCCCGUUGUGCAUCUCACCAUCCCAUCCAUACUGACAAUCAACACCUUCGGUUGCCAUGGCAACGGCUCCUCAUCAUCUGAGGACCCGGUUACCACAACCCUCAUCACCAUAGCAACGUCAGCAUCCUCUCCCCAGGUCCUGAAAGACCUCCCACGUGUGGAGGGCCGCCCGGGGGCUUCUCUGCCCCCCCUGGACUUCGAAGCACUGAGCCAAGAGUUGGGGGCACGCGAUGGGACCCCCCCCAGCCCCGAGGAUUUACUCUCAGCAGCUCUGUACCCCAAAGUUUACGCCGAAUUCCGUGACUUCACCUCUAAUUUUGGUCCCGUCUCCUGUUUGGGCACCCGCCUUUUCCUGGAGGGGCCAACCAUCGCCGAAGAGUUUGAGGUGGAGCUGGAGAGGGGGAAGACGCUGCACAUCAAAGCUUUGGCCCUGGGGGAUCUGAACGCCGCCGGGCAGCGCGAGGUUUUCUUCGAGCUCAACGGGCAGCUGCGCUCCAUCCUCGUCAGGGACACUCAGGCCAUGAAG